AGGGCGGAAGGGGAUGUUGCCCAUAUCCAAUAUGUCUGCCGGCGUCUACGUUGUGUGAACAAAAACAACUCGUGGACGAUGGCAGACAUCGGAGUCGACGAGCUAUCGCAGCUCGAAUAUCUGUCUUUAGUGUCGAAAGUCUGCACGGAGCUUGACAAUCACCUGGGAAUAAAUGACAAAGAUUUAGCUGAAUUUGUCAUCAGCCUUGCCGAAAAACAACCGAGCUUUGAUGGAUUCAAAGCACUUUUACUCGAAAAUGGAGCCGAAUUCACAGAUUCUCUCAUCAGUAAUCUGCUCAGGCUCAUUCAGACGAUGCGACCACCAUCCAAAGCAUCUACAAGUAAAGCAUCCGAGUCCGUGGCUAAGCCGAAGUCAGAAAAGGAAAAGCUGAGGGAGAUGUUUCCUGCACUGUGUAGACCAAAUGAGCCUGCACCGAAGGCUCUCCUGGAUGAAGAUGAUGUUAAAGUAGCAGCUGAUGCCAUGAAGGAACUGGAAAUGUUCAUGCCCAGUGUCAGUGGGACAGAGUCCAAAGGGAGCAAGAACAGAUCAGAAAAAAACAGGCGAAGUCGCAGCAGAAGCAGAGAAAAAGACAGACACAGAGAUCGAGACAGAGAUCGGGAAAAGGACCGAAAGAGACGGCAUCGUUCCAGAUCCUAUUCCAGAUCCAGGUCACGCUCCAGAGACCGUGAUCGGCAUAGAGAUAGAGAUAGAGACCGUGGCAAGAGAAGAGACAAAUCUUCCCGCUGGUCUGAGCGCUCACCUAGUCCGAGAAAAGACCAAGAGAGAGAGUCUGACCGCUGGAAGGACAAACACGUGGAUCGCCCUCCACCUGAGGAACCUUCUGUUGGUGAUAUCUACAAUGGAAAGGUUACCAGCAUCAUGCAGUUUGGAUGCUUUGUUCAGCUUGAGGGACUCAGGAAGCGAUGGGAGGGUCUGGUCCACAUUUCUGAGCUGCGCAGGGAGGGCCGUGUGGCCAACGUGGCCGACGUUGUUAGCAAAGGCCAAAGAGUCAAAGUCAAGGUGCUCUCAUUCACAGGGUCCAAGACCAGCCUCAGUAUGAAGGAUGUAGACCAGGAGACUGGAGAAGACCUGAACCCCAACAGGAGGAGGAACGUUGGCCCCGACGGGGGGGAGGAAAUUUCCAUGAGGAAUCCUGAUCGGCCGAGCAACCUGAACCUCGGCCACGCGCCGGAGCUGGAACAGGAUGACACACUGGAGCGCAAGAGGCUCACCAAAAUCUCAGACCCAGAGAAGUGGGAGAUCAAACAGAUGAUUGCUGCCAAUGUUUUGUCCAAAGAAGAAUUUCCUGAUUUUGAUGAUGAGACAGGCAUCCUUCCUAAAGUUGAUGAUGAAGAGGAUGAAGACUUGGAAAUUGAGCUGGUUGAAGAGGAACCACCGUUUCUGAGAGGCCACACGAAGCAAAGCAUGGACAUGAGCCCUGUCAAGAUUGUCAAGAAUCCAGAUGGCUCGCUGUCCCAGGCAGCCAUGAUGCAGAGUGCUCUGGCAAAAGAGAGACGAGAACUGAAGCAGGCGGCGCGGGAAGCAGAGAUGGACUCCAUCCCCAUGGGGCUGAACAAACACUGGGUUGACCCGCUGCCAGAUGUUGAUGGUCGACAGAUUGCCGCUAACAUGAGAGGCAUUGGCAUGAUGCCCAAUGACAUCCCAGAGUGGAAGAAACAUGCGUUUGGAGGGAACAAGGCAUCCUAUGGAAAGAAGACCCAACUCUCUAUCCUGGAGCAGAGAGAGAGCCUACCCAUCUACAAGCUGAAAGAGCAGCUCAUUCAGGCUGUUCACGACAACCAGAUCCUGAUCGUCAUUGGAGAGACGGGAUCUGGAAAGACCACACAGAUCACCCAGUACCUGGCAGAGGCUGGUUACACAGCCAGGGGGAAGAUUGGCUGUACGCAGCCCCGUCGUGUGGCUGCCAUGUCAGUGGCUAAGAGAGUCUCUGAGGAGUACGGUUGUUGUCUGGGACAAGAGGUGGGCUACACAAUCCGUUUUGAGGAUUGCACAAGUCCUGAGACUGUGAUCAAGUACAUGACAGACGGUAUGUUAUUGAGAGAGUGUUUGAUUGACUCAGAGUUGGGCCAGUACGCCAUUAUCAUGUUAGAUGAAGCUCAUGAGAGGACAAUCCACACUGAUGUUCUUUUUGGCCUCCUCAAGAAGACUGUACAGAAGCGCACAGACAUGAAGCUUAUUGUGACAUCAGCUACACUGGAUGCUGUGAAGUUCUCUCAGUAUUUCUAUGAAGCACCCAUCUUCACCAUCCCCGGCAGAACGUAUCCAGUAGAGGUUCUUUACACCAAAGAACCUGAGACGGACUACCUGGAUGCCAGCCUCAUCACUGUCAUGCAGAUUCAUCUGACUGAGCCUCCAGGAGACAUCCUGGUGUUUUUAACUGGACAGGAGGAGAUCGACACAGCCUGUGAGAUCCUUUAUGAGCGAAUGAAGUCUCUUGGGCCUGAUGUUCCUGAGCUGAUCAUUCUGCCAGUUUAUUCUGCCCUGCCCAGUGAGAUGCAGACCAGAAUCUUUGACCCAGCACCCCCAGGCAGCAGAAAGGUUGUCAUCGCCACAAACAUUGCAGAGACCUCUCUGACCAUCGAUGGAAUCUAUUAUGUUGUAGAUCCAGGCUUUGUCAAGCAGAAAGUGUACAACUCUAAGACUGGCAUUGAUCAGCUGGUGGUGACGCCAAUCUCACAGGCUCAGGCUAAGCAGAGGGCAGGUCGUGCCGGCAGAACAGGCCCUGGAAAGUGUUACAGGCUGUACACUGAGAGAGCCUACAGAGAUGAGAUGCUGACAACCAAUGUACCUGAAAUCCAGAGAACCAACUUGGCCAGCACUGUGCUGUCGCUGAAGGCAAUGGGCAUCAAUGAUCUGCUGUCUUUUGACUUCAUGGACGCUCCUCCUAUGGAGACUCUGAUCACAGCCAUGGAGCAGCUCUACACCUUAGGAGCUCUGGACGAUGAAGGCUUACUCACACGACUGGGUCGAAGGAUGGCUGAGUUCCCUCUGGAGCCCAUGUUGUGUAAGAUGCUGAUCAUGUCUGUCCAUCUGGGCUGCAGCGAAGAGAUGCUCACAAUCGUGUCGAUGCUGUCUGUGCAGAAUGUCUUUUACAGGCCUAAGGACAAGCAGGCCUUGGCUGACCAGAAGAAGGCAAAGUUCCACCAACCUGAGGGCGAUCACCUCACCCUGCUAGCUGUCUACAACUCCUGGAAGAACAACAAGUUCUCCAACCCCUGGUGCUACGAGAACUUCAUCCAGGCUCGCUCCCUGCGCAGAGCCCAGGAUAUCCGCAAACAGAUGCUGGGGAUCAUGGACAGACAUAAACUGGAUGUAGUAUCUUGUGGUAAAGCUACUGUGCGAGUCCAGAAAGCCAUCUGCAGUGGUUUCUUCAGGAAUGCGGCCAAAAAAGAUCCUCAGGAGGGCUACAGAACCCUGAUAGACCAGCAAGUUGUUUACAUCCACCCCUCCAGUGCUCUGUUCAACCGGCAGCCUGAGUGGGUUGUGUACCACGAGCUGGUGCUGACUACAAAGGAGUACAUGCGUGAGGUGACCACCAUCGACCCUCGCUGGCUGGUGGAGUUCGCACCUGCCUUCUUUAAAGUGUCCGACCCCACCCGCCUCAGCAAGCAGAAGAAACAGCAGCGCCUCGAGCCCCUGUACAACCGUUACGAAGAGCCCAACGCUUGGAGAAUCUCACGCGCCUUCAGACGCCGAUAAUGUGUGUGACAUCACAAACGUGCAACUCGGGUACUUGGACAGUAGUGGCAAAGUCGGACGUGUGGUCUCGUACCAGCACUGGGAAAACCCUGCAGGAUGAAGGGUUUGCGUCACAGUUUGAUUUGACGCUGCAGUCAGUCCUCCUUUCAGUUUUGUAAACAGUGUACAUUUUCCACCAAAACUUACUGAUCACAUUUCUGUAUUCGUCUUGACUUUUUGUUGUUGUUGUUUUGUUUUUAAAAAAAAUUGAGAUGGGAUGGGAAUCUUGGUGUCAGUUGUUUUAGAAACACCAGAGGUAUUUCCUUUGUUUAAGACUAGCAGGAAAAAUUGGCGAUUUUAAUGUUCUGUUUGCAGAUUUUGCAAAACAAUUUAUAUUUAUGUCUAUUCUCUAAAUUGUAACAGUAAUAUUGUACUGCAAUGUUAAGUCUUAAGUAAUGACCUAAAGGAAAUCAUAAUGGGGCUUUUAUAUUUUAACUAAUCGACUGAUGUCAGAGUAAAAGGAUGGAAAAACAUUUGUUUGAUGUAUUUUGUACAGGAAUUGAGACUUUCACUUGUCGGUGUAUCAAAGAAUUACAGUGAAACUAUGAAAACGUGUUCUCAUUAAAUACUGAAUUUUCCUAA